GCUUCAAAAUUUAGCGCUCCCUCGCCAUGACCUGGAUGUUUACUGUGUUAGCGGUUCGUCGGUUGUUUAGUAAAAAUGUCAUUUUAAGACAUUUGAGUGCUGCUAAAUCUGUUUCGUGUUCAAGUGCCAGAUGUAUUUCAACCGUUGAAAGCGCAAGGAAAAGAACUUACGAACCAAAUUUGGCUCUUCGUUUUUCUGAUAAAACUGGCUUGACUGAUAUAGAUAAAUUUCUGCGUAAACAAAGGAUUAAAGGUGCUUUGUACAGCUGCGAAGAAAAUGAGCAGGCCACAAAAGAUUUUUGGGCUCGGAUUCUUAAAGGUACAGUGCUCGUUAUAUUCAUGGUAAAGCAGCUGGGGAUAUGGACUUCGUCGAAAGAUAUUUAUAUAUGAGAGUCAAAUUAGGACUCCGUGUUGACCCAGAAAAAGUCAUAAAAGAUAUGAAUGAUGCUGGAUUAACCCCUAACGCCUGGACAUAUGCCUCCUUUAUUCAUCAAAGUUGUGCUGCCGGAGAUAUGAAUCAAACAAACUUUUACUUGCGUAUGCUCCGAAAUGCUGGAUUCAAGCCCACUCGUUUCAUCUUUUCUCAGAUUCUACACGGUUACGUGAAAGCUGGAUUACCUGAGGAAGUUGCUUCUACGCAGGAAAUACUAUCUCAAAUGGGUUUGUGGCCAUCGAAGUUUGCCUAUGAAGGCCUUUUGUCCGCUUACGCUGAUAUUGGUGACAAAGACAGUUUAUUACGAACUCUGGAUGAGGCUUACACUGUACUCCCUUCAAUAGAACACAAUAAGACAACAGAAUCCCGUCAAAUCUCACCUGUUUUACUUUUGGAUUUGUACACAAGAUUGGUGUGUUCGUUGGGGUAUACCAAUGCAACGUGCAGUGAGAUUUCAACAAAAUUACUUACAAUGAAAGAUAAUUUUCCGUUUGAGUUUGCUGUUGACACUGUCAAAAUACUCUUAGCGAAAGGACGCCCAGCUGCUGCUCUGGAAAUUUUUAAAAUAAUAGACAAUUAUCCAGAACACCAUGAAUAUUUAUCUAAAUUGGCUCUUUAUGCUGCUGCUGGUGGUUUGGAACACGAAGCACUAGAACCUUUCUGGCAUGUAGCUAGUAUGGAUGGGGACGAGCUGUAUAUGCUUAGAAAUAAAUCUAAAUUGUAUUUCCGUCGGACAGGUAAGUUUUCCAAUAAUUUGGGCGAUCGACUUCAGGCCUGUAUCGACGAGAACAACGUACAAGGUGCUCUUGAUUUAUUGAAAGAUCUAAAUAAAACGAACAUUACAUUAGCGUAUACAUUAUUUGUACCAAAAUUAAUGUCCUUGGGCAUUUCUUUACAGGACUUAUUGAAACAAACCGAGGAUAAUGAGAUAAUUAAGGCUUUGCUGUUUGGAUAUGUAUUUCGUGAAUUAAUAUCAAUACAAUCAACAGACGAUUUAAAAUCACGUCUAACUAACUGUUCGGAAUUAGUGAAUGAGUAUCGUGCUAAGGAAUUACUACCGUACAAUGAUGUUGUUCGUUUAAACUCCUUUAUUUUAGUGAAAUUGGUGACAAAUAUAAUAUCCGUUUCAGAUAUUGAAGAGAUUGCAAAGUUGAAUAAAUCAACCGUAAUGCAUGACGUUUUCGGCAUUUUUGGCCGUACACUGUCAAAACGUGCGUUACGUAUGUUUUUCAUGCAAGUUUUCGAAGCGUUAACGCUAUCCCACCUCCGUUCUUUUCAUGGCAUUCCGAAAAAUACUGUAAUUCAACUUGUAGCUGAUGUGUGCGCUCAUCAAGAUGUCACGUUUGCUUAUGGUGGUUGGAUGUUAUUGAAAUUGAGAGAUGCUGAUGUACCAACGCACAUCAUGGCGAAACUUUCUUCUAGUCGAUCUGUGGCACUAUCUUCAUUUUCAAAUAUAAACGUUCUACUUUUUGAUGAUCGAGCGAGCAAUGCAGACGGAAGAAACAAAGAUGAAGAUCCAGUAACUAAUCAAGUGAAGCUGCUUCCUGAAGAAUCUGUACCUGCUACCGCCGAAUCACUUGUGAAAGCAUCAAAAAAUGAUCCUGAAGAAUUGGAUAGGGAAUUAAAGUCAAUUGAAAAGUCAUGGAGAUUACAAAAGAAAUUCAUUUUAUUGAAUUAUCUUGUAAAUCUUGGAUCAGAAGAUCUCGUUGAACGUGUAUUACGAUUUUUACCGGAUGAACAUAAACGACAACUUGAACCAAUGAAAUCAAUUGCACAUAUAAUAAAAUCAUCUUUAGCAAAUGCAAAUUGUGACAAACCAUCUUCAGAAAGUGUGAAGCAGUCAAUUGAAAAUUUACAAAAUCUUUCAUCUCAAGAUUUAUACGUUACAAUGAGGGGUCCACACUUGGAUACACUUUUCAGAUGUUGGCCAACGGAACAAAUUCCCGACUUGGUUUUUAUCACGAAAAAACUCUCCAAACUUGGUCUCAAUUCUGUCAGUUUACAGUUGGCUGGAGUUUUGAUUAAUCGUGGGCUGAGUGACUUAGUUUCUACUUUGUUGGAGAAUAACAAAACAGUUCCGUUUACUUUCUUGGUUGGUAAUCCACGAAAUUCAUUGACGAAAUCUGAAUUUCUUGCUUCAGUGGAGUAUCUAAAAUCUGUUGACUCUCAACAUGUUCCCGGUUUUGUGGAUCAUUGUCUUCGCAAUGCAGCUUUGUCAACAAACGAUGACAAUUUCUACCAGUUAAUUCGUACUGUAGUAUCACCACCGUUCAAUAUGGAUCUUCUUCAAGUCUGUAUACAACCCACUCUCCAAGUUUUAUAUCAUCGUUUGGAAGUGAGCAAAAAUCUACCAGAAGAUAUACUUCAAGCUGCACAGCCAGUUGUCCAGAAAUUUACUGCAUUAAAAGCUAAAGCUUCCAAUUGAAUCACGAAGCUUUCCCCCUCACUUCUUUCUUCAAACCGCAAUACCAUAGGUUUCUUUAUGAACAAUUUUAAUUGUUUUUAGUCAUCAUUGUGUAUAAUAAAUUAUACAAAUCAGUUUUUGGCUUAAGCAUGAAUUAUUCAUUAGCAAGGGCUAACUAGAGACACUACAAUGCAAUUUUCAUAGACUGAAAAGGACUUAACAAUACCAUCUAAAAAGUAAGUAACUUGUUAGUGAGAUAAUUACCGAACAACCUACGCUCUCAGACUGUAGGACAUUAACUACUAAUAUUACACUUCGAAAGUAGAUGAAUGUGUUUCUUACGAAAAGGUCGAAUGAAAGAUCACUUGUGAACAGCCACAUGUUCA